CCUUAAUUUAUAAAACUUGUUCACAAAAAUGUAAUGAACACCUGUGAGUGCCUAUAUAAGAAAUGUUUGUCACGAUGGAAUGAGUGACAGACAACUCGAUGACGUAAUUGCGCCUCGUUCUUUAAAACGAAUCGUUCUAAAGAACCGAGUCGUUGAAAUGAUUCGGACAAGUUAAGGAACAAAAGGAACCGUGCUGUCCGCGCUCUGCACGAGCGUCACUCCGUCAGCAUGGCAAUGCUUUUCAGUGGUUAAAAUCUACAGCUGUGAUUUAAAUUUAGACUUUUCCUAACGUGCAAGAUGCAGUUUAUUCGGUUUGUGAUUAAAUCGUUAGAUCUGGUCAGAGGAGUGUUCAUGAAGACAUGCUGAAAAAAUAGCACUGAAAAGUAUGACCUAUAUAACAGUGGUAUUGUUUUCGUCUGCUGCAGUUCACGGCGACUAGUGAAACGCGUGGAAUCUCCUCGGAUCACCUUGGAAGAAACAUGAGUUUUAGUAAAUGGAGGGUGUAAUGAUGGAGGGACGUCGUCAGGUCACCGCGUGCGCGCUGCUGAUGCUCGUCUCCGUGGUGAUCGCUGAUUCACCUGCUGCAGUGCGGCCUUUGGACACUCCAAUCAUGCCAAAUGAGUUUUCAACGGAAGUGCUGUAUAAUGUAUCCAUUGCCUUGUCUGGAUCUUCUCUCUCAAAUAGUUUGGAUCCAUCCAAAGCCACAGAGAAUCCCAAUCCCAAUGUUAACACUAGAUCUACCAAUAAGGGUUCCAUCAGACAUCCUCGACAGCUAAAUAAUCCAGUGCCUACCUCCAUUGAUGUGCAUUUAUCUUGGUCCGCUAUCAGCCCAGAUCCUCAAAUCUCAUCAGCUACAGAUUCAUCUGUUUCUUCUCACUUGCCUUUACUUGGACAAGAUUUUCCUGUUCCCGAGCCUCCAGUUCCUUCCCCUCAAGUGCAGUAUGAGACAGGGGGAAUCAAUGACACUAAAGUUCCUAUUGGAGACAAAUUGGAACCGUCCAGCAAUAUCCAGGACCUUCAUUUACAACCCAGCCAUGACCCAAACAUCCAAGCACAAUAUCAGCAGUUGGAGCCAAGUCAUGUGGUUUUUGUACACCAUGAAUUGACUUCAGCAUCUGUCGAGCCAACUAUGGGUCCACCUGAAGACUUUUUCCCAACCAAUACAAUGGAUGUGGACUAUGGUUCUGGAGAUUACUUGGAAACUAUGUCCUUUAUGGGAUCUGAAGGCAAUGACUAUUCACUAGUUACCAGCCUCCCCUCUGAUGCGUAUGACUUUGAAGACUCAAACUCUGAAACCUAUGACACUGCAUUCCCCUCAAGAAUCGUGAUGUCGUUUUCCAGUAAACACUUGUAUACCACUUCCACCAGUGUUAGAAGUCCCUUCUCCAUUAAACUUGUCGGCAGUUCCAGUUUUAAUAGUAAUUCAACCUCGAUUGCAGCCACCACUGAUUCAAUUAUUUACACAACAACCUUUCAAAGUUUUACAACCGUUGUGCCCUUUACCACGUCAAGACCUGAAGUUUUCAGCAGUGUUUUGGCAUCAGAUCUUGGUAACAGCAGUUCUUUAUCUAUUUCAACCAUCCAACUAACUAGAGUCUAUUCAGAGUCUACGACAGUUGUGCCCUUUACUACGUCACCACCUCCAGUAUUCACUAGUAUUUUGACGUCAGAUCUUGGCCCCUCCAUUUCGCCAUCACUUUCAGCCAUCCAACCAACAAGAGUCCAUUCAUUGCCUCUUCUUCCAUCAACUUCAGAUGUCUUGAACCAGAACCAGUCUGUGAACGAGAGCUCCGAGUUGGCAUCUGAUUGGCCAGGCACUGUUACAGUCCAGCCCACGGAUGUCCUUUUACCAGACAUGAACAGUUUAGAGUACUACACCAUUCAGUUGACCAAGGACAAUGAUAGCUUGCCAGAGCACGCUGCCAAUCAGACGACCUCUAGUGUUUUCUCUUUCAUUCCGGUUGGCACCACACAUAUUGUCAGCACUAGAACCUACACCGUUGACCCGAGUUACAUGCUAACAGCUCUGUUUGAUGAAGAUCUACAGCCUGCAGAAGGUAACAGCUCCUGGCCUGAGGAAUCCUCAACAGACACUUCUGGAUUUGAGCCUUUUAACACCACUAUCCUGGAUCCUUCUGAAGUUACACCAAGUGUAGUAAAUAUAACUUUGUCAUACAUGGAGCCGUCAUUCACAUUGACACCCUCAGUAGAUCCUUCAACUUCAUUAGGAGAUAAGAACUCAACCACUAUUUGGCCUACCACACCAUUUAUAGCUGACAACACUUCCUUACUGGAGACUACGCCACCUUUGGCGACCAAGGAGCCAGAUAGUGUAUCUUCAGUUAAUGUCAGCCAAUGGAUUACCACUUCACUCCCAAUAGAGACUGUAUUACCUAGCAGUGUACUUCCCAGUGUUUUAGCAACCACCUCUAUCAGUGUUUCUGAAUACCCAGAUAACUCAACCUUCAACAUCACCUCCACCCCUCCUGCAACAGAGAUGGCAGACGAAGGAUUCGUGUCUGGAACGGCAUCUGACACCAUGGCUACUGAUAACACCACACCGUUCGAUAGCCUUACAACCACGUUCUCUACAGUAUUGCGUAAUGACACCACUGAAACGCCUUUCACCGUCACAAGCUCCGACAACAACACCACAGUUACCAUCCUAAGCACAACCCCUCCAACAACCACUGCCCGGAAGUAUCUCUGCAGCAUCACUAAACCUGACACCUACUUAACCAGAGUUGGGUUUCCUCCAGGUUCCACAGUUGGAUAUGCUAAAGCCAAAGUCAGAGAGAUUCUCAAAGCAGAGUACAACCGCUCAGUAGAGCUACAGGUAGUGAAAGCUCCUCCAGACUUUGUGUUUCGCGCUGUGUCUGGAACAGCAGUUUACACGGCCGCAUCAGUCAUUAAUGCCUUGAAAAACUCUGCUCGGACUAUCAACCCAUUUAUUAGCGUGUCUCCUAUCAGUCCAGAACCAGACCGGCAGUACCAUGUACACACAGUGCUUCAGUUUGUGCCAAGCCAUGUAGAUGUGCGUAUGUGUACCUUCAGUGAGCAGGCAGAGAAAGGUCUUAUUGCUGCAUUAGCUGAAGUCCGGCGGAACUCAGAGGAGUCCACAAACUUCACUGUGAAUAUAUUGAAUAUAACAGUAAAUCAGGACGUGGACGUAAAGGCACAACAGCAGAAGUUUCCAGUGGAGAUCACCUUUGCUGUGCAUGAUAUGCGCGGGUAUGUGCCCGGUACAGAGGUCAGUGCUCUGCUCCGCCAGCUCAGUGUGGUUGAGUUCAGCUAUUACCUUGGCUAUCCUGUACGGCAGAUCGCAGAACCUUUCCACUACCCAGAGCUGAACACAACCCAGCUGCUUCGUUCCUCAUGGGUCAGAACAGUGUUGUUGGGAGUGUUGGACCAGCGAGCGACUGACAAGGUCUUCCACAUUACCAUUGAGAGGAGAUUGGCUCUGCUGUUGGGCGAUGUGUUGGGUACGGGCCGCCGCUUUAAGAGAGCAACCAGUGUGGGCAACAACAGCCUGCAGAUCGUACAGACGACCCAUCUUGUAGGGCCAGACAACCCUCUGGAGAUCAUCUACUUUGUGGAAGGAGCUAACGGACAGAGGCUUCCUGCCACCACCACAGCCAACAUGCUGAACAGUCUUGACGUGCAGCACGCAGCGAUCAUCAUGGGAUACCGCAUCCAGGGAAUAUUAGCACAGCCUGUGGAGAAACAGGCCUCACCUCCUUCAGACACAGAGAAGACCAACACAUGGAUAAUCAUAGGAGUGGUGGUCCCGGUGCUGUUGGUUGUCAUUAUUAUAAGCAUCUUGUACUGGAAACUAUGUCGCACUGACAAACUGGAGUUCCAGCCAGACACUGUGAGCACCGUCCAGCAAAGACAGAAGCUGCAGGCACCCAGCGUGAAAGGUUUCGACUUUGCCAAGCUGCACAUGGGACAGCACAGUAAGGAUGAUCUCAUGGUCAUUCAGGACCCGUUGCCACUUCCAGUCCCUGCAAAGGAGCAAAGCCCAGCUGAAAAUGCAGAGGUGCCCACACCAAAGUCCAAAUCCUCAUCCAAAGCGUCCCGCAGUGGCCAAAGACGCAGGGGACAGAUUUCACCAUCUGAGGGCGACUCUAUUGGCAGUGAUCCGGCCAGUGAUAGAGGCUCACCUGAGGAGGGCACGAGACCCGCUGGUCUCCCUAGCGAUCCAAAGCAGACACGUAAAUCGGCUGCUAACGGACUCAACGGAAAGAAUAGAAUUGGUCCACCCCCAAUGAAUGGCAUGGAUGAGCCAUUAUCUUCAGCCUCCAUUUUUGAGCAUGUGGACCGAAUGUCACGUCCAGUUGAUGGCCCCAAACGUCUCCCUAAUAAAAUCCAGCUCAUCGCCAUGCAGCCAAUGCCAGCUCUGCCUCUACCUAACACUACAGCUAAUGACAAAGCGGCAGAAAAUGCCAAGCUUAACAAAGAGAUUCAAGUGGCCUUAAGGCACAAGUCUGAGAUCGAGCACCAUCGUAAUAAGAUCCGCCUGAGGGCCAAAAGGAAAGGCCAUUAUGACUUCCCUGCCAUGGAUGAUCUCAUCGAUGGUCUCGGCGACCCCAAAGAGCAGGACCGAAUCUACCAGAAGGCCCAGAUGCAGAUUGACAAGAUUCUCGAUCCAGAUAUUCACAUGCCUUCACUGUACACCGAGCCCAGAAAGAGCAACAGAGGGAAGCGUUCUCCUAAACAGAGAAGGAAACAGCAGAUGAACGGUGAGCUGACAGAUGCUGACCGAGACAGGCUCAUAACCACAGACAGCGACGGGACAUAUAGGAAAUACCCAGGAGUCAAUAACAUAGCAUAUGUGUCGGACCCAGACCAGUGUCCCGAGCAUAAUAGCCCAUCCCCGACGGAUGAUGUUUUUCACUGUCCGAUUUCUCCUCCUCCUGGUCACCCUCCUCCACCACCCCCUUACCUGCCUCCUCAGCCCUCUAUAGAGGAGGCCCGGCAGCAGAUGCACUCUCUCCUGGACGAUGCCUUCGCCCUUGUGUCUCCCUCAUCUCAGGGUAGCACCGCUGGCAUCACUCUGCCCGGGGUCGGUAUCAACCCUGCGCCACCACCUCCAUUGAGCCCACCAUCACGGGGACCACGGCCCUGGGGCCCAGGAUACCCGCCCUUGAAUCCCUACACAGGGAGAUAUGCUGAAUUAGGUCUGCCUCCUUCCAGUGUGCAAGGUUUACUACAUAGACAGGGAUUGGGGUCCAGCUAUAUGCCAUCAGGAGAAUCCCUGCCUGCUGAACAACUACAGCCAGAGUCACUUUACCCUGGUCGAGGGACACACACUGAUGAGCUGCCCUCCUCUGCCAGACCACGACCAGUAGGGGGCACUACAGGUGCACAGCUGCAUCAUCUAAGUCACGUUGGUCUGACAGGUCGUAUAAAUGACAGCCGACAGCUCGGUGGGUCAAACUGGAGCCAGUAUCCUGAGGACGAUAACAAACUCGCUAACAACAGGGAGCCUGAUUUUGGCUCUCUUGACUACACCUCCAUCUCUGUAUUCCAGACUUCCAGAAAUGGCCUGAAGGAGCCAUCUGCUGCUCCGGCCCACCUGGACUCUCUGGGCCUGGGCUACCCUCCCUCCGCUCCCCUCGAGGAGCCUUCACCUCCAAACCACUCGUCCGCCUCGCUCAUCAAAGCCAUCCGAGAGGAACUGAUGCGCCUCUCCCAGAAACAGGCCUCAGUUCCCAGUUAUCACAGCUGAGACUGGCCCAAACUGCACUACACUGCACUGUACUUCCCAUGGAAGUGGCGUUUUCGAGAGGUCAAAGACUGUCAUGUAGCGUCUGCUGCCCCCUGGUGGCAGAAAACAUUAGGACAGGAAGAGUAGACAUUUCUCCUUAAUUUCCAUCUUCCUCUCCGGUUCCCCAAGUUGUGUGCCGAGACUGAAGUUUAAUGUUUUUUACCUUCUUUAAAGAUUGGAAGCAGACCAGGAUGUUGAAGCCAAAAUCUGGCCACGACACAUUUGUUUAUGUCAAGUUCAGACUACACAUUACCAGAUUUUUGGCUUGAUUUGUUUAGUGUAGAGCAGGGGUGUGCAAACUAGGUCCUGGAGGGCCGGUGUCCUGCAUGGUUUAGUUCCAACCCCAAUCAGACACACCUGAACCAGCUGAUCAAGCUCUUUCUUGGUGUACUAGAAACUUUGAGGCAGGUGCAUUGAAGGAAGUUGGAGCUAAACUAUGCAGGACAGCGGCCCUCCAGAACAGAUGUUGGACACCCCUGAGGUUGACGAUUUGUAAAUGAUAAUGGACACAAAAAUCUAUUUUAUUUAUUUGUUUUUCAUAAAAAGACACUGGUGUGUUUUGAUUUUAACAUAGCAUUUUAAAAUGAAAGCGAUCAUUGACCUAUAGUUGAGUUCCCAUAGUUUUCCAUGUUAGAAGCUAAAAGUAUCUAUAAAAAUAAAGUACGAAACUGCAGCAUAUAUACAAAUACUAAAUAAAACAAAGGUUCUUAUGGGAUUACUAUUAAAUCAUGCUGAGAGGGAAAAGUCUUUUAAAUAUUAUAUGUAUUAAAAACUGAAAAAUAUAAAGUAACUAAUAUAGAAAAUUUGUAAUAAUAUUCAUUAUAAACAUAAUAAGUCUAGUAUGCAUGUUAGGCAUAAUCGUUCUGCUGAAUGAAUUUAAAGCUAUACAAAUGUAUCCUAUUUGUAACAAUUGGAAUGGUUUUCACAAUAUUUGGCAACCAAAUGUGCAAUUUCAAAUCAUUUUAUGGAAAAAAAAGACCUUGUACUUAACUUGCGUUCCAGUAUUCGCAUAAAAUGUCAUAAUUUGGUAGCACAGACUGUACAAUCAAUCAUUUCAAAUAUAUUAAAUAUAACUUAUUUUUAAACAAGCUAUACGUUCAUUCAUUCAGUCAUUUUCUUUUCGGCUUAGUCCCUUUAUUAAUUUGGGGUCG